UCAGAAAGAAUAAGGGCAAAUAAACAUUUCAGAGAUUGAAAAACCAGAAGAAUUUCAAAGCAAUGAUGACUUACGGAAAUGAGAUUAAGAAAAUAAUGUUGGAAUCCGGGACACCUUUGCUUAUACGUACUGUUGUUGACACUGAUAGAUGCCACCCUACAGAGUUUGACUUUUAUCUUAAUAGCCAUGCUGGAAUUCAGGGAACCAGUAGGCCUACUCACUACCAUGUCCUUUAUGAUGAGAACCGUUUUACUGCAGAUGCCUUGCAAGUGUUGACCAACAACCUAUGUUACACGUGUGCAAGGUGUACUCGAUCAGUCUCUAUAGUGCCUCCUGCCUAUUAUGCACAUCUAGCUGCAUUUCGAGCAAGGUACUACAUAGAAGGAGAAUCUUCAGAUGCUACUUCUUCAGGCAACAGCAAGACUACUAAGGAAAAAACUAAGGAGGUUAGACAACUCCCCAUCAUCAAAGACAAUGUGAAGGACGUGAUGUUUUACUGCUGAAUACUGACUCUUGGAAACCUUUUCCCUUUUUUGCUCUGGUCCUGCCAACAUUGUAAGAUAGAUGUUAGGGCAAUGGUUCUAUGCCUAUGUCUUUUUGGGUUUGCACUGUUGAAUGCCUUUUGAUACUUGCAAGUAAAUGGUUAAUGCUUGUGAGAUAUAGGAUUUUAACAAAUAUAUUUUGACAAG